AAAAAAAGAGAAACAAGAGAGAAUUUAUUGCCACCAAUUGCUCAAAUAUCACCAUUGAAUCAAAGAAAUAAUGGAACUUCAAGGUAUUGUGCUGGAUAUGAACAGAAACCAAAUAACAUCAGCCCAAUUAGAACAACAAUAUGGUGCCAACAAUGUAGCUAUAGAAAUUACUGAUUCAGAUGAAGAUUAUCAAUAUAAUUCAGAAGAUGAUGCACUUGAUUCAGAAGAAGAUGGUCUUGAGUUCGAAGAAUACGAAUAUGAUUCAGAAGAUGAUGCAAUUGAUUUACAAGAGGGUUUUCUUGAUUCAGAAGAUGAUGGAUUCGAUUUGGAACAAGAUUAUCUUGAUCAAAACGUUGAUCAGCAACCCGACCCAUUUGCAGCACAUGAUCUUGAUUCAUAUCAAGAACAACAACGAGAUAUAGUUGCAUCACAUGAUCCAGUAAUUGAAAUUAACCAACAAGAAGGUAUUAUUAGGUUGAUGAAUCUGGUUAUCAGAAUAUUCUGCCCUCAAAUCUGGACGUUAUUUAACGAUAACUUGGGACUACAACCAGUUGCUCACGAAACAUGCCUUAUUAUCAUUAUCAUGAUUGUUGUGGGAUUUAUUUUAAGAAUAGUAUUAUUUUACGAUUUCAAGACCAGUAUUGAAACAAUUUAUACAAAGUUAUAUCCAAUGUGUGAAGUCAUGGCAUAUAAAAUAAAUUAUCCUGACUCGGUGGUAAGAUCAUGUUAUCAUAAAUACUUAUCUGAUGGAGCACCAUUAGCAAAAAUCAAUAUAUAUUGGUCAAGCAUGAAUAAAGCUCUCCUCAAUUGCUUAGAGGAAGGGAACAGGGAAUUUGACGUGUCUCCACCAUUGCCACGAAUAGAAAUCAUGUUUCCCAAGAAAAUUCUAGAACACGCUCUCCGUAUGUGUUUUCUUGAGAAUUCCAAAUGUGUUGGUAGUCUUUUUGAGAUUAGAAAUGGAGUAUUAAUACUAGAUUCUUGCAUCAGCCGGGUUAUCAAACCAAAUUAAUUUCAAAUUAACUAUAAUUGCUAAAUAAGUAGUUAGAACCAUCAGUAAGGUCUAAUGCAACAUGUAGAAAUAACAUUGUUAGAAGGCAGGAUAUAUAUCUUAUCUGAAAUUCUUUCGAUGAAGUAGCAAUAAUCAUUAUAAAAUACUUGAUCUAAAUUAGGGAAUCUCCCAGCAUGAUAUAGUAUAGUUU